AUGUCUGCUCUGCAAGGAGAAGCGCACUUCUUCGAGGAGUCAAUGAACCCAAUGAAGGUCAAGGAAUACCUUGGACGACCGAAGGAUGUCGACAAGCUAAAGGGGAUGAAGUGGCUGCUAGCGAUGGUUAGCAAGGGGCGAGACGUGAGCGAGUUCUUUUCGGACGUGGUGAAAAACAUGGCGGUCCGCUCUGUUGAGGUGAAGAAGAUGGUGUACAUCUACCUUGUGCACUACGCCGACAACGACGCCCAAUGCCGCGAGCUGGCGCUCUUGUCCAUCAACUCUUUCCAAAAUGAUCUUCGGGGAUCUAAUCAGCUCAUCAAAGCGCUGGCGCUUCGGGUGAUGACUAGUAUCCGUGUCCCGGAUAUCAUCCAAAUACAGCUGCUGGCAGUUCGUGACUGCGCCGCCGACAGCUCUCCCUACGUUCGCAAGUGCGCGGCGAAUGCCGUCCCCAAGAUUUUCGUGCUGGACCCAGAGCAGGCCCCCCAGCUUUGGCAGGUGGUGGAACAGUUGCUCAAGGACAGCAACACGAUGGUACUUGGAAGCGCUGUCGCAGCUUUCACUGAGGUGUGUCCGAACAAGUUCGAACUGCUACACCCAGUCUACCGAAAGCUGUGUCACUUGCUGGCCGACGUAGAUGAGUGGGGGCAGAUGGCUAUGCUGGCGGCUCUCCAGCGGUAUGUGCGCAGCCACUUCACUAACCCCCAGGGCGGUUUCAGCGAUGCAGGGGGUAUCAGCAAGCCUGCGGACUCAAACUCAAACCAGCCUCCCCAAAAGGUGAAGCGACGUGUGGUGAAACGUGCCUUCUACUCUAGCGAGGAGGACGAAAGCACGGAGGAAGAGUUCGAAGAGAAAAAUAACUCCGUCGCUGCACCUGAGGUGGGUUCGGUGUUCACGACGAGCGAUGCUGAUCUUGGCGCGGACCUGGACCCGGACCAUCGCUUGCUCCUCAGGUGUUCUCUGCCUCUACUCAAGUCGCGCAACAGCGGUGUAGUGUUAGCGGUGUGCACGGCACAUUUCUACUGCAGCUCACGAACUGGCAGCACCAUGAAUCAAAUAGCGAAGGCGAUGGUGCGCAUCCUUCGGAAUCGCCGAGAGAUCCAGUUCGUGGUGUUGGACGCCAUCAGAACGAUGGUGGCAGAUAGCCCGUCGGUCUUUCGGCCCUUCCUGCAGGAAUUUUUCGUGAAGGCGGCAGACCCGUUGUUCACGUGCACCCUGAAGCUGGACGUCCUCACCGCGCUUGUGACCAAAGAAAAUUGCGCCACCAUUCUAGGAGAGCUGCAGACCUAUGUACUCCACAGGGACAAGAGUUUCGUGUGCGCUGCGGUGCGCGCGGUGGGGCGUGUCGCGGACGCCAGGCCGGAGGCUGCGGAUCAAUGCUUGCACGGGCUUCUGACGCUCGUUACGUGCAGCAAGACGAGCGUGGUGGUGGCUGAGGCGGUAAUCGUGCUGCGGCAGCUGCUCCAACAGAAUCCCAACUUCGAGGGCUCGGGGGACGUGGUGCGACGGCUCUCGGUGCUUCUUCUGCAGUCGUUCCUUGACCCUUCGCUUGAAGAAGAAAAGGGUGGAGGCAGAGCAGGCGAAAACGACCAGGGCGGCGGUAACGCCCUUGCGGUGGCGAGUGCAGCCAGGGCCAGCCUCGCACAACCCGGCGCCAGAGCAUCCAUAAUCUGGACCCUCGGUGAGUAUCACCAGCACAUUUCGGGAGUCGCGCCGGAUGUUUUGAGGGUGCUGGCGAAAGCUUUCCCGGAGCUAGAAGAGGAGGUCAAGAUGCAGGUCCUUAACUUCUCGGUCAAGCUUGCUCUGCGACAAGCGGAGGACACGCGAGUGCAGUCACUGGCGUCGUUUGUGCUCGAGAUGGCCAGGUUUGACCUAUCGCACGACCUCCGGGACAGGGCUCGUUUCAUGACGGCGAUGCUUGGGCUAGCUACUGCUGACGAAGGGGUCGACGAGGCGGCCUUGUUGGCGCUUCACGCCAAGGCUGGACAGGUGCUUCUGAAACGCCGACCACCACCGGUAGCAGACGGUGGCGGGAGCGGGAGGUCCACAGCCCAGGCAGGGUCCCACCUCGUGCUCGGUACUCUCUCCGCCAUCGUCGGCCACCCCAUCAACGGAUACCUCCCGAUUCCUGAUUGGUGUAGCGUGCAGCCGGACGGUUCGGCGAGAGAACCUCCGAAAGAGGAGCCACGAGCAUUGGCACCUCCCACUCGCAGUAGCGGUGGCAAGGCUUCGACAUCGGGAGGAGAGGAGGAGUCUGGGUCUGAAAGUUCAGACUCCGAAGAGUCGGGAUCGGGUUCUGAAGAAUCGUCCGACGACGAAGACGAUGAGUCGGACUCGUCUGUGGGAAGUAGCAGUAGUUACUCCUCUUCGGGUGAUGACAGCGAGAGCAGUGGGACCAAGGGGGAGGAGGGGGUGGGCCUCCUUAUUAUGGGGCCACGCUCUUCGACCAGCAGCGCUGCCGCCACGACGUAUGGUGCCAGCGCGCCCGCUCCCCAUACUCAAGAUCUGACUGGCCUCGUAGAAAGAAUGAGCGUCGCCGAUAGGGAAGACAGCGCCUCUCCUCGAUUGGGAGUGCCAGCAGGGGCGGGGUUGGCAUCGCUCAGCACGGCGGGGAUCAGAGGACCGGUGGCUCCUGCGCUGGGCGCUGCCGGAGCCAUAUCGCUGGGGCGAACGUCAUCCACAAGCUCUGUCCUAAGCGCUGAUCCGGAGGGGGACACAAGCGCUUCGUUCCCGUCUACGCUGUUGCGCCAUCAGGCCGGCGGUGGGCUGCAAGUGGACUACCGCUUUUCUCGCGGAAGGGCGAGCGCCUUGUCUCGGCCGUCCACAACCCUCACUCUACGCCUGUCGUUCACUAACCACGGCGAGACGCCGGUGCGACGCAUCCGCGUCGUCACCCCGCGAGACGGAACGCCGAUGGAGGCAUUUCCGGAGAUGCAGAUGUUGCCAGCAGGGGCCACGCAGACCGCGAACUUGGGCAUUGACUUUGGCGGCAAGGCGAAAGAUGUUCGUUUCGAGUUGAAGACAGACAAAGGCAGCUUCAUGGUUUCUCUCGAGCCUCCUCCAGAGGAGCUGCUGUUCCCAGAGCCAGUUUCGAGGGCAGAGUUCCGGCGGGUUCAGGGUUCGCUCGGUGCACUUGAUCGCGACUCAGUGGAUUGCCAGAUCCCAGCCGCCGACAUAUCGAGAGUUCCAUCGCGUGUUCUCCGGGCAGUGAAUGCGGCGGUGGUGGCGAGUGACACCGUCGAGGAGUCGUGUUGGUGGUUCUCGGCGUGCAGCCUGGCUGGAUCCAUGUCGGAGCGUGUUUUCAUCAAGGUCGCCGCCGACGGUGGUUCGGGGAAGGUUGUGGUCAACGUGUACUCAGACAACACCAUGUUGCCUUCCAAGUUAACGAGACCCAUCAAGAAAGCUGUAGAGGAAAAUUGUCGGUAA